AUGAGUUCAAAAACCUUUAAAUAUCUUCGUCGUGAAGGUGCAUCGUCUCGAUAUUGCGGUGUCCCGUCCUGUAAAAUGUCCUCAAGAUUUAAUUCUGUGAUUAGUUUCCACAGUUUCCCUUUGAACAAAGAAACACGCAAAAAGUGGCUUCAGAAUAUCAAGCGUGAGGAUUGUAAUGUAACUCCUAAUACAAUAGUCAGCAGUCGACACUUCAGGACUGAGGAUUUCAUUGAGCUAUCGACUCGCACAGCACGCAGACUGCUGAAGAAGGGCGCCGUGCCCACGCUGUUCACGAGGAACACUUCAGCACCAAAGCGCUCCGGGUUAUGGAGGAAGAGACGCGUCACGUCUCCUUUAAAACAAGAUCCCGCACCCACGGGCUUCCAGCAUCAGGAGCAUGAUUAUUGUUCAUCUCUCGUUCAGGAUCAUCUGAAAGUGGAUGAGACCGAAGUUCUCAGAGAGGAGGUCGAGCGCCUGAAGAGGCAGGUUGCAGAGUUUUCUGUCCUUCAGAGGUUUUGUUUGGGGCGAUUUGCUGCAUCUGUUUCUUAA